AAAACCUUAAUGCUGGAAUUUUGAGUCAUUUGAUAUGCCAACAAAGUUAAGAAGCCUAUCCAAUGUGGGGCUUAUCAAGGUGAAGAUCACAAGCGGAAAACGUAUGUGUGUAAACAGUGACUUACUGACUGGGCCACAAGCAAACUCUCUUCAGACAAGUUCGCACAAGACCAUGAACUGCCUUGACCUAAUAGUGAAUGUAAACACAAGUUAACUGACCAAGACCUGAUACAGCUUGUUGGUCCCAGACUGUUCGAGAGCAUCAACCAGACCUACACUGACAUUUACAUCUCGACGACUGAGGACAUGCGGAGGUGUCCGAGCAAAGGCUGAGACUUCGCUGGUUCGAUUGAGCUGAAGGCCUGAGCAGACAACUUGGAGUGACACAAGUGAGGGUUCCAGUGGAGAGAGAAAGUGCAGACGUCAUACCUUAGAAGGAUGCAAGAAGGAGUUACUGGACUGAUCAAAGAGCUUGACUUGAAGUCGUAUCUGAAUCAGAUGCUUACUGCAAACGCAUGACCAAAAUGAGAAGAAGUUAUCUGGAAAGAUGGAGGCUGUAAACACAUGAUGUGAAAGAAAUGAAACUACGAGUUUUGUUGGUUCUGACUAGGAGCAUAUCCUAGAUAUGAACACACUGAGCCAAUGCUAUGUGGCCAAAAACAUGCCUUAAAAAUCUGGAUGACCUUCUUUAUGUUAAUGGUUAUAUAUUUUAAGCUUGGUAUCGAACUGAAGUUUAUUUUCUUCUUCAUAUUUCUGCCCAAUUUCUGAUUGCUCAUCUACUCUUUUAUACCCAUGAUAGUUGUGAUCGCAUUCAUAGAUCUCUAUCAUCAUUGGAAACAGAUAAAUGAUGGAGUUGUGCAAGUAUUUGUCUGACUAUUCUUUAUGUUUGUCAUCUUCCCAGGUGAAAGCUAUCUCGUCUACAUUUCGUACUACAGUAGACUCAACUUCCUUCACUCAGCGCUGAUCUUUGAGCUUUGGAUGAUUAUCUAUAUAAUUUGAUUUGCAGCAGCCUGCAAGGCAACUUUCUUCAUAGCGAAAUAUCUGUAUAAGGUAUUUCAGGCUUGACUUUCGGCUUUGAUUAAAAUGAUCCGUUUGAAAGGAAGUUUUACCAUCUAUGUAGUUAAAGCUCCAUUCCAAAGUUUUAGUUUUCUGAGAUUGCUUGCCAGAAUGAGUAGAAGUGAAAAAUCACGAUACCAAGCAGUGCAGUCUAUUCAAAAGACUAAAAAAAGGAAAAACAACAAAAGAGGCAAGACCAAAACAAGAUAGGAUAUAUUUGUCA